UGAUCGUAUAACGCUCCGGACGCGGUGCAUAUCGGUUUCGCAGCCCUUACGAAGAGUUACGAACGACGAAAAUGAAGAUGACGGCAUCACCGAUGGACCCUGUCAGGAACGAAAAGCCCCCUGUCGGAGAGAUGGAGAAUACAAUCCCAUUAAAAAAGCAGAUAGGACUGACGACUGCUUUGUCCUUCAUCAUUGGAUCCGUAAUUGGUUCCGGGAUAUUCAUCUCCCCCAAAGGUAUUGUGGAGGGGGUAGGGUCAGUGGGCGCCACCCUCUGUAUAUGGAUGUUGUGUGGCCUCAUAUCGAUAUCAUUUGCUUGUAUCUACGCGGAGUUGGGGACCAUCAUCCACGUCCAUGGCGGUGACUACAUCUACAUUGUGGAAGCCUUCAGGGACAAACACAAGUUCUUUGGUCCGCUGCCUGGUUUCCUAAACAUUUGGAUGAAGUUAAUGCUCCAGGCCCCUGCAAGCAUGGCCGUUCUUGCCCUUGCCUUCUCCCACUAUAUCACUGAUCCCUUAUUUCCUGAUGGUUGCGGACCUCCGGAGUUCAUCCUGAAGACGAUUGCAGUCACAACGAUAUUAACAGUGACUAUGAUCAACGUGUACAGCAUCUCCAUGGCAGCCUCCGUCCAGAACAUCUUCACAGCUAUCAAGACGGCUGCCGUUGUUAUGAUAUCAGUUGUAGGCAUCAUCAGAAUUUUACAAGGACAAACCGACAUCCUUGCCUCCGGGUUUGAAGGCACGGUGGUAACGGCAGGAAGCAUCGCAAUCGCCUGCUACAAGGGUCUAUGGGCUUAUGGAGGAUCAGAAUGUGUAAACAUCAUUGCGGAGGAAAUCAUCAACCCACGAAGGAAUAUCCCAUUGGGUAUUUUCCUGGGACUUGGUUUAGUCACCAUGGUCUACAUGCUGACCAAUGUCUCCUACUUCACCGUUCUCUCACCAGCGGCGCUGGUAGCAUCAGGGGCUGUUGCAGUGAGCUGGGGAGAAGAAGCGCUCGGUGUGGCUGCCUUUAUCAUUCCAAUCUCCGUCUGCUGUUCCGUGUUUGGAGCGCUCAAUGGAUCUAUGUUCUCAAACGGAAGAAGUUGGUUUGCGGCAGGAAGAGAGGGACACCUCCCAUCAAUACUGUCCAUGGUUCACGUGGAGAGGGUCACCCCAGCUCCAGCCAUCAUAUUUCAGGCAGUGAUGGCACUCAUCUACAUGGGCCUGACUGAUAUCUUCACCCUGAUCAACUACGCGGUGUUUGCCGAGUGGGUCUUCAGAUUGGUCACCAUCGCAGCGUGCAUCGUAUUCCGGUUUACCAUGAAAGAUGCAAAACGGAAGUUCACGACGCCAAACAUUAUCUUGGCUAUCAACAUCCUGAUAGGCUUAUUCCUGACUGUGGUGCCCAUCGUGAAUGACCCUCGGGUGGAGUUCUUGUAUGCCACAUUACUUAUCCUAUUUGGGGUAGUCUUCUAUGUUCCACUUGUGUACUACCGGAUUCAUAUACCUUUUUCGGACGACGUCUGCUGCAUGCUGCAAGUCUUCAUGGAGGUGGUGCCAACAAAAAAAACACUUGAGUAAACCUAGCCGCAAUA